CGUGAUUUCAAGCUGUAUGAAGUGUUAUUUGGCGAGUAUACAACUUAGGGGCUCAGAGUAACAAGUGAUGAAACUACAGGGGCCAAUGGAAAAAUUAUAAACAUUAAAAACUGUACGGUACAACUCAGUAAUGCAUGUCCAAAUUCAAUCGGAAAAAUAAUCCUCGCCGUAUAUCUAUCGGCAGUAAAGAUCGGAGGGGACGUAUUUUGAUCUGCGUGGAUGGUUCGAUCAUCGCCAUGGCGUCGUCUCUUUCUCCUUCUACUUCUCUGACCAAUAUUCCUUCUGACCCAGGUGGGGAAGCAGUUCCUGUCCACAUUGUUACUAAUGCAAGCCAACUUCCAUCUGAAUUCUUACAACCAUCUCCUGAUAAUAAAUUGGUGAUUGGUUUUGACUGUGAAGGUGUCGACCUCUGUAGAAAUGGAACCUUGUGUAUCAUGCAGUUAGCCUUUCGAGAUGCCAUAUAUCUGGUUGAUGCAAUUGAAGGUGGAAAUUCACUUAUUGAAGCCUGUAAGCCUGCACUUGAAUCUAGUCACAUCACUAAAGUAAUUCAUGAUUGCAAACGAGAUAGUGAGGCAUUGUAUUUUCAGUUCAACAUCAAAUUGCACAACGUUUUUGAUACCCAGAUUGCAUACAGUUUAAUUGAAGAACAAGAAGGUGGGACAAAAAUCCCAGAUGACUACAUAUCAUUUGUUAGUCUGCUUGCUGAUCCACGUUACUGUGGUGUAUCGUAUCUUGAGAAGGAAGAAGUUAGAGUACUUCUGAGGAAGGACCCAAACUUCUGGAAGUAUAGACCAUUGUCUGAAUUGAUGAUCCGAGCAGCUACAGAUGAUGUGCGUUUUCUUCUGUACAUAUAUGACAAGAUGGUUGUAAAGAUGAAUGAAAAAUCAUUGUGGUAUCUUGGUGUUCGUGGUAGUCUUUAUUGUCGAUGUUUCUGCAUUUCUGAUAACAAUUAUGCAGAUUGGCCCCCUCUCCCUCCAGUUCCAGAGAAUCUUGUGGUAAAUGAAAAUGAUCUGGAGGAAGAAAUCCUAUCGGUUGUUGAUGUUCCACCAGGGAAGAUGGGGCUUGUUAUUGGUAAAAGAGGAGCUUCCAUUUUAGCUAUUAAGCAGGCUUGCAAUGCUGAAAUAUUCAUUGGGGGUGCUAAGGGACCACCAGACAAGGUGUUUGUAAUUGGGCCAGUGAGGCAAGUGAGGAAAGCGGAAGCCAUUGUGAGGGGGAGGAUGGUGGAAGUCUAUUACUAAAUUACUAAGGUCGUCUAAGAUACAAAAUGUUCUGUAAUCACUCACUUGUCCUUCUUCAUAUACUUUGUAAUAAGCCAACUAGCACUAGCCAAGUGGGAAGAAUAUGGUUACUUUAUGUUUCGUGAUUGGGCAUGAAAAUGGUUACUUCACCCGAACAUAGCUUUAGUGCUUUGACCCGAACUACCCCAAUUUUUUCCUUUUGGAAAAUAUGCAUUUUUAAACUCAAUUUUGCUUAAAUUCUCAUGAUAUUUUUGGUAUGAAAAUAACAUGUUUUUAUUUGCAUUAUUAAAAUAACGAAAAGCCGAAUCAUAGAUCACUUGAUAACAUUGUUUUCCAGUUCUUGAAUCAUGGUAGAUACGUGAAACUCAAGUUGCAUCAACAGAUGUGAUAAUCAUAAAAAGUGAGAUGUUUGUGGUUUGC